AUGGAGACCACUCGAUGCUUGAAAUUUGCCCUGCCCUUCUUGGAUGGGCCCGAGCUGGCCCUAGCCGAGACGACCUGCAAAGGUGUCCAGCUUUCUGCUGAACAGUUGCAGCUUUGGGAAGUACUUUGUCAAGCAUAUGCAGGCCGAGAUUUUCAAACCCGACGCCGGGAGCGUGUACCCGUGCCCGAUCGAGAUGGCGACACUGCCAAAGACUACUUUGACAGGUUGUAUGAGUUGAGCACGUUUGUAGCCGGCAACGAUGUGGUAAGAUGCCUGGAGUGUACUGAGUGGUCGGCAACUGAAUUGAAUGCCUUGGAGUGCGAGAUGUGCCGUCGGAUUUGGUGUGAUCAAUGUGCCAGGCGCGGACUUCCGAAAAGCGAGCUCUCUUGUGACGAAUGCCCAGAUUUUUCCACUCAUUGCUGGGAAUGUUUCCUUGCAGGGAAGAGCAUCCAAUGUAUGUGCUGUGGCACGGACAGCUGGCACUAUGCCUGUGGCCGGCAUGCUGUGUACUGCAACAGAUGCGAGCGGUACGUGUGCAACGGGUGCACCGACCAGCACAGCUACAGCUGCUCGAAGAAGAUUGGCGAGGCAGAUGAGGAAGACGAGGAGGACGAAGACGGUGAGGACGAAGACGAUGAAUAA